AUGCAAGAGAAUGAUAAAAGCAAACCGGUCGAGACAAGUGAUCAAACUGGAGAACGCGUUUCGUGCAAAUUCGAAUAUGUUGUCGAGGGAGCUGAUGGAAUUCCGCUCGUCAAACCGAGCGCGGAAGAGUUUUCAGAUAUGGAGGCAUUUUUUCAGGAGAUUCGUGAUCUAGGAGAGCGAUAUGGAGCGAUUAAAGUAUUAAAACCAGAUUCUAUUACAAAACCUUGGGAUACCUCCUCGGAUGGUAAUUCUUUGGAUAAAAAAAUAGACGUUUGGGUGGAAAAAACUGUUCGUCGAAGAGGAGAGUACUUUGAAAUUGAACUUGUAUCAGAUGCAAUCGCGCAGUCGAAUUCCAAAGCGCAGUCUACUGUUAUAGAGCCGCCAAAAUUUGAAAACAAUAUCUCAAAGGCUAUUGCUUAUUAUUGGCGAUCACUUACACAUGAUAAUUUGUGGUACGGUUAUUCUCAUCAUACUGAUCGUAUAAUCUUUGGUAUUCCAUCUCGCCGUGCUUUGGAAAGUAGAGUUCAUUUACGUUCAAGUCUUCCUGAGAAUACAUGGCCGACCUCUGGUAAAACGUUUGCUGGGAAGUGGAAAACAACGUUACCUUGGCGGAUUGAAUCCAAUAAAUUAUAUGCUGUUCAUGUUCAUUUAGGAGGUGCUCCUUUACAAUGGUAUUUAAUUCCGUCUUCUCAAGCAUCGGUGUUUCAGAAACUGGCAGAAAAGCUUGCGCCCAAUGAGCAUUGGCGAUGCGCAGAUUUUUUACUGCAUCAAAAUAUCCUUUUUCCUCCUUCUACACUUGCCCAAAGUGGAAUAAAUAUUUCUUCGACUGUACUUCGUGCAAAUGAAAUGUUAAUUACGUUUCCUGGCUCUUAUCAUAGUGCUUUUUGUCUUGGCGAUACUGCUUUACGGCGAUUUGCCUUCCAUGCUCAUGAUUCCUCGACUUUGCAUGGAGACAUAUGGUCACUUGGGAUUACUGAAUCAGCCUUUUCUUCAAAAAGUAAUUGGCCGCACAUACACAAACCCAAGAAAGCUUGCUAUCAAGAUAUCUCUCUCACCGACACGCAUAAAACGACUCAAAAAGAUCUCUUACCUUUAUCUAAUCCGUUCAAGAAAAAUAAUUUGCAGCCUGAUCAAAAUGCCAGGUGGAAUGGAAUACAUAAAAGUCAAAAUGAUAAAAAAACUUAUUCCCCGGCAACGAAUUCCAUUUCGUCCCCAUCUCCGUCUCCGUCCCCUACUACAGAAAAAGACAGUAAUUCUACAUCUUUACCAUUGUUUACCUUAUGGAAUUCGAAAUUCCGUUCCGAGUUUAUUGAAAAAUCUCAAGAGAUGACCAACUCUAAUAUCGAGUUUUCCCAAUUUGAGCCAGUAUACCUUCAUUCAUCUAAUCAUCCGUUAUUUCCCCCUCCAAUUUUGGGGCUUCCUGUACCUGCUCAAUUUGCUCGAGGUGAUGUUUUUUGGGGUCGUAUUCUUGAAGAUCGUGCAAGUGAACGCAUGCUUUUACUUGAGUGUGGUAGCUCUGAUACGAUAGAGGUUCCUUAUGAAUAUAUUUUAACUUCAUCCUCUGCCGCUGGUCGGCGGAGUCCGUCUUAUUAUAAUCCACCUUUAAAAGUUCCCGAUAUUAUUUAUGAUGAUGGUUUUCCAGUGAACUGGAAUGAUUUUGAUGAACUCCCUUCUUUAGAUCGUUUUGUCCUACCCGAGCUACUUCCUGGAAAUCCAAUACGUUUUAUCCCUUCAACAAAGCCUUCCUUUGGUAUUAACACAGAUAUGGAGCCAUUGAAAGCGAACGGUACCAAUCCUUUAAACGAAAGUAUUUCCUCCGACAUGGAAGCAGCUUCCCUUACCAAGUCAGUCGGCAUUGCGGAAGGAAAUGUCCCAACACCUGUAUCAGCAACGCACGAAACUAAUUCUGUUUCCGACGACGAGAUAGAGCAAAACACAGAAGAUGUGUUAAUAGAAAAUCGUUCAGAGCUUUUAGAGGCCAACGAUGAUUUGGAAGAUCGAUUUGAUCGACUUGAAGAGCUUCGAAGAUUUCAUUCGCAAUUAGGCUUGGAACACGAUACGCAAGACACUGUUUCCCAUUUAGCAAGAAGAGCGCCAGAAGAUUUCUCCGUUUCUCUUGAAACGUACGAGCUAUGUGUAAAUGAAGAACUGGAGGCUGUCAACGAUUUUUCUCUUUUUCCUUCAUUGGAGUAA